CUAAUUUUAUUGGCUUUUACGAAAUUCAAUAACAUUUAAAUUUUUUUUUAAUGAGUAGUGUUUAAUGUUUAUUAAUAGUGCCACACGUGAUAAUUACAAGAACGAAUUAAACAAAUUAAAUAACUACUACGAUGGUGCCAUAUCGUUAUUGUUGCGGCGGCGGGUUGAUUUCGACAUUGAUGAUGACGGUCCUAGCGAACGCGGCCGCAGGAAUGAUGAAGGUCGAAUACAGUUGGGUAUUCGUGGACUACACAUUCGCCAGCCCCAAUCACCGAGAAUCAGCCAUAAAAUCCGGCAAGUUCAUUCCGGAAAACUGUGUCAUACUGGAUGUAGACACAUUUUAUGAUACAUCUGAUGGAAAAUUAUUAUUAAAUAUGGGUUCAAAUACUGCUCCCAAACAACGAGUGUUCGUAACUAUUCCUCGUAUCAAGCCAGGAAACCCUGCAUCGAUCGCAGAAAUAGUUCCAGGGGAUAGCCCUAAAUCUGUACUAUUAGCGCCCUACCCAAAUUGGAAGGCGAAUACUAUUUCAGAAAACAAACUCAAUUGCGAUGAUACAAUUGUUUCUGUAUUUAGAACUAAAAUUGACCAUCUCGGUCGAUUUUGGGUUGUUGAUGUCGGUACAGUGAACCAAUUUGAGAAUACCAUUCACUCCGUGUGCCCCCCUAAACUUUUAAUAUUUGACUUGAAAAAUAAUGAUAGAGUUAUAAAGACAUAUCAAUUUCUAUCGUCACAUGUAAAAGAAAAUUCGUUGUUUACUAACAUCGAAGUCGAUGUCAGAGAUUCAAACGGCCGUAAUACAUUUGCUUAUAUAUCUGAUACUACUGCAUUUAAACUUAUUGUGUACGAUUUUAAAAAUGACGACAGUUGGAUAAUAGAUCAAGCCUAUUUCUACCCAUUUCCAAAUAAAGCUCAUUUUAAAAUCAAUGGUGUUAACUUCGACUUAAUGGAUGGAUUAUUGGGACUAGCUUUAGGUCCUAAAAUACAAAACGAUCGAAAAUUGUAUUUCCAUGCAUUCGCUAGCAUUAGAGAAUCGUGGGUGUAUACCAAUACAUUACAAAAUAAAUCACUAUUUCAAAAUGGUUUAAUCGACGGUUCCGGUACAUUCUUUUUAUCGUCGGAAGUCAGAGAAACCCAAUCUAGUGUUGAAGUAAUGACAAAUAGUGGAGUACUUAUAUACGCAUCAAUGGACAACAGUUUAUCUUGCUGGAACAGCCAGGAUCCAUUUACAUCUAAAUACACUCACAUGAUAUAUAAGAAUGAUGAAGAUUUUCAAUUCCCUACUGGUAUGAAAAUUGUGGGUGACAAACUGUGGGCAGUGUCAUGUCAACUUCAAAAUCAUUUCACAACUAUGGUUACGAAUCGUAAAUCGAUCAAGUGUAGGGUACUAGUUGGUCGAAUUGACGAUUUAAUAAGACGAACUGGAUGUAAUAAGAGGACAAUGUUCAACGAUUAUAAUGACGAGGUUCUAGUCGAUUCGUUUGACAACAACAUAUUGCAUGAAUGGCCCGGCGUACCUACAGACACAGAACCGUGGAGCUAUUCAAGAAUGUCUAGGGUAUUCGAAAACAAAAAUGGCAUAAAGCAGUCACUUGUAAAGUCGUUAGUGUUGACCGGAAAUGUAAACGUACACAGUCACAGUAAACCGAAGUCGCGGUCUUACGAUUGCCGUAUGAACAUGAUCAACGGUCAACUGAAAAGCCACGACUGUUUGGGCAAGUCUCAUCGGAAAAGCCGAGUGAGGCGCAGAUCCGGUCCUCUUAGGUGACAUCAGUUGUAAUGUUAUAAUUGUUGCUCGUGCGAAUCAUUGUAACGUACAAUACGUACAACGGUUCAUUUUCAUUUUCAGAGAUCACUUAUUAUCAACUUCUGCAGCAUUAUAGUUAUUUUUUUUUUUUAUAAAUAUAUAUGUAUGUAAUAUAAACCAUAUAUAACCUCAUAACUAUAAGAUAAGUACUCUAGUAAUGCUACCAUCUUUAGUUUGUAUAUUAUAUUUUUAUAUUUAGAGAUCACGGUUGCGUAACGCGCGUACAACGGAAGAAGUCUCGCGCGUUUUAUCCUGAAAUUCAUUAGCUUAUAAUUACGUAGAUACGUUCGUAUAUGUGUUAAGUGAAAGACAUUAAUAAGUGCGUACUGAAUAAUAAAUUUUACAUUCUAAAUGUGAUUAGAACAUGUCCAUAAACAAUUUUAAG